AGUACCAAUACUAACCUAAUACUUUGUCUUUGUCACAGUUCGUUGCAUUUAUUUUCCCAUUCUCUUUCUCACACUUCAAUUCAUUGCAUUUUUUUUCCUUCUCUUCAACAACAUGGAACAUGAAAACGUUAGAGAAGCAUUGUUGAAGAAAAACUACCAUGAGAAUUGCCCUGGUUGUAAAGUAGACAAAGAAAAAGAACUCAAAACUGAUGUUUCUUUUCGAAAUCUCUUCAACAUUUGGACUGUGGUUUUAUGCAGCUCUCUACCUGUAUCUUCUCUCUUCCCUUAUCUAUAUUUCAUGAUAAGAGAUUUCAAUAUUGCUGAAAGAGAGGAGGAUAUAAGUGCCUAUGCUGGUUAUUUAGGAUCUGCAUUCAUGUUUGGAAGAUCUUUGACAUCUAUAUUUUGGGGACUAGUAGCCGAUCGUUACGGUAGAAAGCCUGUUGUGAUUUUCGGGGUUAUCUCUGUUAUUGUUUUCAACAUACUAUUUGGCCUUAGCACGAGUUUUUGGAUGGCGGUUGCUACACGAUUUUUUCUUGGAUGUUUAAAUGGUUCGCUUGGACCAAUGAAGGCUUAUUGUACCGAAAUUUUUCGAGAAGAAAAGCAAGGUCUUGGACUCUCAACGCUCAGUGCAGCUUGGGGCAUAGGUUUGAUAAUCGGACCGGCAUUGGGAGGUUAUUUGGCUCAGCCAACAGAGAAAUACCCUCGUAUAUUUUCAAAAGACUCAUUUUGGGAUAAGUUUCCGUAUUUCUUGCCUUCUCUUUCAAUAUCCGCUUUUGCAUUUGUGGUUGCAAUUGCCUGCAUCUGGCUUCCGGAAACACUACACAACCACCCUCUUAACAAUGAGUCUACUGAAUCUUAUGAUGUUGAAGCGGUAGAAACAGGAAGCGAAAGGAAAGACGUAGACAAGAUAAUCCAAAAAGAUGAAAACCUUUUCCUAAACUGGCCGUUAAUGUCGUCUAUUAUUGUUUACUGCAUUUUCUCACUUUACGACGUUUCUUAUACAGAGGUUUUCUCAUUAUGGGCCGUUAGUCCUAGAAGAUUGGGCGGUUUGAACUUUACAACCGAUAAUGUAGGUGAUGUUCUCGCAAUAUCAGGUGUCGGUCUUAUUGUCUAUCAGCUUUCCCUCUAUCCAUCUUUGGAAAGAGUUUUCGGACCUGUAAGAUUUUCUUGCAUCUCCGGGGUUUUAUCAAUACCUCUGGUGCAAAGUUACCCCUUCAUGACAAUGCUUUCUGGCAUAACACUCUACCUAGCUAUUAAUAUUGCCUCUCUUCUGAAGAAUAUUCUAAGUAUGACCAUAGUCACAUGUUUAUUUAUUCUGCAAAAUAGAGCGGUGGAACAACGUCAAAGAGGGGCGGCUAAUGGCAUUUCGAUGACUGCAAUGUCAAUAUUCAAAGCAAUCGGUCCAGCCGGAGGUGGUGCAGUAUUAGCUUGGUCACAAAAACGGAUGCAUGCAUCUUUUCUUCCAGGAACUCAUAUGGUGUUCUUUGUUCUAAAUAUUGUUGGGGGACUCGGAGUGCUAUUGGUUGUUACACCGUUUUUGAGACAAAAGAAGACAACACCCUCUGACCAAUUAGAUACGCUAACAUAAAUGAAUUUUUUUAUUAACGAAUGAAUCAUCGUAAGGUACUAUUGUAUUGUAUUAAUUGGUUUAGAUAUAAUGGUGACCAAAGAUUCUUGUUGCUAUAUAUGUGAUACAUUUUUGUCUCGAUAGGUAGUUCGGUUUUAAGAAGAAUCUCUUCGGUUCAAAUCUUGAAGACUAACAUAGUCAAUAAUUUACUUACAUUUGCCUAUUCAAUUUUUUUUUUAAAAAUAAACUCAGAAUCCGAUCAAGACUAACUAAUCCUAUUGUCCGAGAAAAAGCACGCUGAUGCCUCGUGUUGUCACACACAUCCCACACGCCCGCACGUACCAACAAACGUGCCCAUGCGCUCAAACGCGUCUGUUUCCACUUCCAACACAUCAACUUAUCUUCCACAAGUAGCAAUUUGGUAGAUUCAUUACAACCUACUGAUCAAUACGAAUUUGAUGAAUCAAACAUAAAAGAAAGAGAAUAUAAUUUUUACAAAAUGUAUGAAUGGAUAGAAGGGUUCAAAACAUGGUCCUAUGGCUUAAAGUGCUCAUCAUAGGAACUCUUCUUUGCUACACUCAAAAGACUAUCAAAUUGAGAAUUACUUUUUCCAUGUUAGAAGUGUUAGAUAGUUUUGAUGAGUUGAUUCAAAACUUAGCUUAUUACACAAGAAUAAAAUAAUUAUAUAUAAAGAGUUAGUUGAAUGCUAACAAACUCUAACCGAUCCAACCACUUCUAAGUAACUCUAACAACCUUUACCUAUCAAGCUCAUAAACUAAUACUUGUAAACAGUAUUUCAUUUUUAUUUAUCUAUCUAAUAUAAAAAAAUAAAAAAAAUAUUGUAAUCAAAUUGAACCUAAAUUUAAUGUGUUACGUCUUUAUCCAUCAACUAUCUAGCAAGGCCUGAAUCUGAGACCUUGCGAUGAGUACACUCUCAGAAUCCGACCUAUGUGCUUCUUUAUGUAUCUGUGCUGUCUUCAUCAUCAUCAUCUUGAUAGUUGAAAGGAAGAGGAACUGACUUGAAUGCUCUAUACUUUCCAACAUUGUUCAAAUGCUCAUUCUCCAACCUG